AUGACACGUCUCUCCCUUCGGCUUAUUGCUGGCCUCGCUGGACAGGCUUGGUUGGUUAACUCUGAUACACCCAAUCAUAAUGCGUUAGCCUCUUGCCUUUCGGAUGCUAGUGUACCCAAUGCAAUAAAGGGCACACCAGAAUGGACACAACAUACUACCCCUUUCAAUACGCGUCUUCAGUAUGAGCCUAUUGCUGUCGCCGUCCCUACCGAGAUCGCUCAAAUCGCCGCGGCGGUAACGUGCGCUAAGAAAUAUAGCAUCCCCGUCACGGCUAAAAGUGGCGGCCAUAGUUUCACCUCACUUGGCCUUGGAGGGGAAGACGGGCAUCUUGUUAUUCAACUGGAUCGGAUGUAUAAUGUCGAGCUUACUCAGAAUGGUACGGCGCGAAUCCAGUCCGGUGCAAGAUUAGGCCACGUUGCCGUCGAGUUGUACAAUCAAGGCAAGAGAGCACUUUCACAUGGAUAUUGCCCGGCUGUUGGCGUCGGCGGUCAUGCUGCCCAUGGAGGGUAUGGAAUGGUCUCGAGAAAGUAUGGCCUUACUCUUGAUUGGAUGAAAGACGCUACCGUUGUUCUGCACAAUGGUACAAUUGUGCAUUGUUCCGAGAGCGAGCAUUCAGAUCUUUUCUGGGCUAUUCGAGGUGCGGGCUCCUCCUUCGGCAUUGUAGCAGAGUAUGGGUUCGAAACUUUCCCUGCUCCUGAGAAAGUAACGAAUUUUGGAAUCGUCUUGGAUUGGAACCAAGAAGCCGCCUCUUCUGGUCUCCUCACAUUCCAAGACUUUGCAGAAACUAUGCCCAGCGAGCUGUCAUGCCAAAUUGACGUCAGAUCGACUGGCUACACACUCAACGGUUCAUAUGUUGGCAAUGAGGCUAGUCUUCGUGAAGCACUGGAGCCUAUACUGGAGAAGAUGGGUGGACGUCUUGAAGUACAUGAAGGAAAUUGGCUUGAAUAUGUGCAGUUUUGGGCGUUUGGUCAGCCUAAUAUCGAUAUAACACCGCCCGCAGAUAACGUGCAUUUGUCACUCUACACGACAGGCGCCCUUACCCCCUCUCUCUCGGCCGAUCAAUUCAGAUCAUUUGCCAACUACGUAGCCACAGACGCUACAAAAAGACGCAAUUCAUGGUCGAUUCAAAUGUUCAUACAUGGUGGCCAGUUUUCUGCUAUUAGUAGACCAAAGAUUACCGACACAGCCUAUGCGCAUCGAGACAAGUUCCUUAUUUUCCAGUUCACUGAUUUUGUUUGGCCUGGCCAAGAGUAUCCCGAGGACGGGCUUGCCCUUGGUCGAGAGUUUAAGGAUAUUAUAACUAAGUCCUUUACAAAUGGUCAAUGGGGCAUGUAUGCUAACGUUCCAGACUCUCAGUUGAGCCCGGGCGAAGCUCAGAAAUUGUACUGGGGCGAGAACCUUGGGAGGUUGGAAACUGUCAAGGCGAAAUAUGACCCCGACAAUUUGUUUAGGAAUCCCCAAUCAGUCAAGGCUCCGGCCCGGUGUCCAACAAGACCACUGCCCUUACAAGGUCAAAGUCCUUUCAUUCAAAUAUCCUCUGAAAUGGACGUACCAGCGAGUCCUUUUAAAUUGCCUUAG